GCGCCGAACGUGACGUCACGUGACACGAGCUUUUACCGGGGCGGUAAACAUGGCGACAAGAAGUGAAUCGUAGCUUGGUAACAAGAAGAAGCCUCCUUCUUGUACCACCGAGGAAAGCACCGAGACGCGUAUCUACGUUUUCAGACGACUAUCGAUCGGUUGUCGGCCACUUCUCCGCGAUCGAGAGCCCGAAGCUGCAUGAUGCCGGGGAAAAGUGGUGACCAGUUCAAACCAGGAGACCUGGUCUUUGCCAAGAUGAAGGGCUUCCCUCACUGGCCUGCCAGGGUGUGUAAGCCGCUCGACGGACACAAGAAGCGAGUGUCGGUCUUCUUCUUCGGGACCCAUCAGCUAGGUCACCUCCCUCCGGAGAACGUCGUCCCCUACGUCGGCAACAAGACGAAGUACGGCAGCGGCGUCCGCAUCAAGGGCUUCACGGAGGGCAUGUGGGAGAUCCAGAACACCCCGGCAGUCGGGAGCAAACUCAAAAUGCCAGCGCAAACUGCCGCCAAAACCACACCUGCAAAACCGACUUCUGCCGCCAAAACCACACCUGCAAAACCUGCCAAAGCCACACCUGCAAAACCAACUUCUGCGGCUAAACCCCCGACAGAAUCCACUCCCGGUGAACCGUCUCCUGCCGAGCCGGACCGUAAACCCGCUGCCGGCAGAGUUAAGCGUAAGAAAACGGCAGCUCCUCCUCCUCCUGCUGCUGCUGCGGCCAAAACUCCCACGAGGGCUUCGCUGAGGUCGGCUCCGGAGAAGCCGUCCGACUACGAACCGACUUCUGAACGGGCUUCGGCUUCGGACGUCGUUUCCGAGGCUCCGGCGAACAGGAGGAGCAGCAGGAGGUCGGCUUCAGGAGGGCGCAGGGAGGACACGGCUUCGUCGGAGAAUAAGGAGGAGGUGGAUGCUGAGCAGCAAAAGGAAAGGACACCUGCGAGUCCUGAUGUCAGCGCUCCAGGCGACCACGAACUCAAGUCCGCGCCGGCAGAAAUGUCCGAGAACGAGGGAGGACGGAAAGAAGAAGAGGAAGAGAAGGAGGCGUCAGACAGCCAAGGAGUCAAGAGGAAGAGAGACGGAGAGGAGGAAGAGAAGGAGGAAGAGGAGGAGGAGGAGGAGGAGGGAACGAAUCAGGACAGCAGCGAAGGAACGAAAGAAGUGGCGACGAGAGAGCCGACGCCGCCCGAGAGCCAGGGAACAAAAAGAAAAAAAGAGGAAGAGGAGAAGGAGGAGAAGAAAACAAAGCAGGAUGGAGACGCGGGAGGAAAGAACGAAGGAGGAAAGAGAGGGAGAACGGCAGCGAGCAGAAGGGUGACGACGAGGAGAGCCGAGAAAGAGAAAGAGGGAGAAGGUGAAAAAGCAAUACAAGAUGAAAGGAAAGCCGUGACCACGAAAGAGAGGCGAGCAACAGCGAGUAGAAAGAAGGAGGAGGAGGAGGAGGGAGGAGGAGGAGGAGGAGGAAGUGAAGAAAACAAAGCACGCGGAAGGAAAGACAGAAGAAGUGAAAACGGAAGAAAGAACAAAGAGCCGGAGAAGCAAAGGAUCAGAGAGCAAUGCAGCAAAAAGAAAGGAGGAAGAGGAGGAGAGACAGAGGAGAACAAAACGGGGUGAAGGUGCGGAAGGAAAGACGGAAGAGACGACGAGACCGGAGAGCGAGGUGAUGAAAAGAAGGGAGGAGGAGGAGGAGGAGGAGAAACGGAAGAAAACGAAGCAGGGCGAAAGCGCGGAAGAAAAGAAAGGAGGAGGAGGAGGAGGAGGAGGCACUAAAGAGGGAAAGGAGGACGAGAAGAGAACCAGACAAGACGUCAGCGAAGGGAGGAGGAGGAGAACGAGAGGAAAGAAGACAAGCGGCGCCGAAGUUAUGGAGAAAAGAGAGGAGGAGGAGGAGGAGGAGGGGCGGAGAAGAAAGAGGAAGAGAGGAGAAGAGAAGGAAGAAG